AAAAGCUAUUUAGACAAUCUCAUGGAUGAAAAUGAGAAAGACAGGGCAAAGAGGGCUUCCCGUAACAAGUCUGAAAAGAAGAGACGUGACCAAUUCAAUGUUCUCAUCAAAGAGCUCAGCUCCAUGCUUCCAGGCAACACCCGUAAAAUGGACAAAACUACAGUGCUUGAAAAAGUCAUUGGCUUUCUGCAGAAACACAAUGAAGUCUCAGCACAGACAGAGAUUUGUGAAAUUCAACAAGACUGGAAGCCUUCGUUUCUCAGCAAUGAAGAAUUCACCCAGCUGAUGUUGGAGGCAUUAGAUGGCUUCCUUAUAGCAGUCACAACAGAUGGAACCAUUGUAUAUGUUUCUGACAGUAUUACACCUCUACUUGGACAUUUACCCUGUGACGUCAUGGAUCAGAAUUUGUUAAAUUUCCUCCCAGAACAGGAACAUUCAGAAGUUUAUAAAAUAUUAUCUUCUCGUAUGCUUAUGGCAGAUUCUGCCUCAUCAGAUUCCCUAAAGACUGACAAUGAUUUAGAGUUUUACUGUCAUCUUCUGAGAGGAAGUUUGAACCCGAAGGAAUUUCCAACAUAUGAAUACAUAAAAUUUAUAGGAAAUUUUCGGUCUUACAGCAAUGUGCCUAAUUCCACUUGUAACUGCUUUGAUGGUGCUGUUCCACAGGCUUAUAGAACAUCACUAGGAAAACAAGUCUGCUUUGUUGCUACUGUUCGACUGGCAACACCUCAGUUUUUAAAGGAAAUGUGCAUAGUUGAAGAACCUUUAGAGGAAUUCACUUCAAGACAUAGUCUGGAAUGGAAAUUUUUAUUUCUGGAUCACAGAGCACCGCCUAUUAUAGGAUACUUGCCUUUUGAAGUGCUGGGUACUUCUGGCUAUGAUUAUUACCACAUAGAUGACCUAGAACUCUUAGCAAGGUGCCAUGAACACUUGAUGCAGUUUGGCAAGGGAAAGUCUUGUUGUUACCGGUUUUUGACCAAAGGACAGCAGUGGAUCUGGCUGCAGACCCAUUACUAUAUCACCUACCAUCAGUGGAACUCCAAGCCAGAGUUCAUUGUAUGCACACACACCGUAGUAAGUUAUGCAGAUGUUCGAGUGGAAAGGAGACAAGAACUGGCCUUGGAAGCUGCACCCUCAGAAGUUGUUUCUUCAGCACUAAAGGACAGUGGCUUAGGCUUGAAUGCCGAACUGCACUUUAAUGCGCUUGAAAUAGGCGUCUCAGUUCUCAACACUAGUCGGACACCCUCUGUAUCAUCUAGAAGCUCACGCAAAUCUUCCAACACUCCCAUGUCUGACCCUGCAUCCUCACCAACAAAACUGAUCACAGAGUCUAAUGUUCCCUCCUUGCAAAGAACACCCAGCAUACAGCAGGAUUCAUCCAUGCAAAGACUCAGUCAACCUGUCACUAUUCAGGCGUCUUUGCCUUCUCAGCCAUCAUGUGAGCUUCUCCCACAGCAGCUGCUGGCCCAAGCAGCUUUGCAAAAUCAGCCUACAUCUAUGGCACAGUUCUCGGCACAAUUUAACAUGUUCCAGACUAUCAAGGAACAGCUGGAGCAGCGAACUCUGAUCCUGCAGGCCAACAUUCGGUGGCAGCAGGAAGAGCUCCAUAAAAUACAGGAACAGCUCUGCUUGGUCCAGGAUUCCAGUAUACAGAUGUUUUUACAGCAGCCAACAGUGUCCCUGAGCUUUAGCAACAUACAGCAGCCAGAUCCUCAGCAGCUACAGCAGAGGUCAAGGGUCAUUUCUCAGCAGCAGCUUAUCCCCAGUCCUCAACUUCAAGGGCAAAUUGCAUCUUCCCAACCAGCAAACCAGCAAAUAUUAAGAGAAGCAAAUGUGGUAUCAAGCCAGAAUCAGAAAUCAAUGAGAAGUGCACAAGUAAUGCAGAACACCAGUCACUCAUCCAGCAGCCUACCUUCACAAUUUACCAAUUCUGCUAUGCUCCCACAGGCUGUGAACAUGGCUCCAUCUGCUGCUAUAGCACAGGAUAGCAACCAGUGUCAUGCUAGUCCAGAUUUCAGCCAGGACCGACAACUGAGACUGUUGCUCAGCCAGCCUAUUCAGCCAAUGAUGCCUGGCUCCUGUAAUUCAAGACUCGCUUCAGAUAUCAGUGUGGCUGGACGCCAGGCUAAAUAUUCCCAAAACCAACAAUUGUUUCAAAGUCUGGAACUGCAAACUUCCAGCAGCAGUUCACCUAUAGUGCUGAUGGGACAGGCAGUGUUACAUCCAGGGUUUUCUGCAUCACAGCCUUCUCAGACAUCAUCUCUGCAACCUAUGCAACUCCAGCAACAGCAGCAGCAUUGCUACCUUCAGGUGCAGACACCAAGUCCUUUACACAGUGAGCAACCCAAUUCUUUGCUCCUGCCGUCCUACUCACAGCAGCAAGGAAAUAUAGGAUACCAUCAUACACAGCAGCAGCCACUGCCACUUGCUUCAAGAAGAACCAGUAGCUUGUCAGAAUCAUCAAAUCUACCACAGCCACUAUGA